AUGGACGACUGUUCUCCAACUGACGAGCAGAAUUAUAGCGGCUCUCCACAACCCGAUAUUGAAGGCUGCUCUUUUGAAACGAGAGAGAAUGAUAUGGGUAGUGUCGACAUGUCUAAGCAAGCAUUACAGGAGCCAAGGAUAGGAGAGCAGGUGGAGCAACAAUACCAGCCGGAUAACAAUGUUCACGAAAUGGGCGACCACAUCGAGGAAAUAUCUUUGAAUGAUUCGAUAUCUCCCAACUUUAAUGGCACUGCCAGAAGUUUGUUCCCUUCAAGAAAACUGGAAACCCAUUCGGAUGUAGAAGCAAUCGAUAUUGAGCAACCAUUCAAAUGCCUAUCUCAGGAGACGCUUGAUGGACGGAUUGUCGACAAUCGAGACAUUGUAUGGAAGGAAUUGGCCGGGCACAUCACGGAACUCUCUGAGCUUUUUGAUGAGUAUAAUGCGCUAGUCACGCAUCUUCUCAAUGCUAGGGAAAGAAGCUUUCACGACGAGGUAGUGGAAUUGAUCGAUGAGCUGAAGGAGACUGAGGAUACUCAAGAAAUACUGCGACAAAAGGUUGCGGGCUUUUUUAAUGCCAUUAAAACCCACUUUACCACCUUUUUUGAGGGAUAG